GCUGCAGCUCUGGCCGCCGAGUGAGGGGCGGGGGGGUGGGCCCCGGGGCGCGCGGCCCGAGACCCCCCCGGCCGCCCUUCUCUUUCCUUUGUUCCUGUGGCUGGGGGGGGGGGUUAAUCCUCUCCUUUCACAACAUGGAGCCAUCUCCUCUGUCACCCAGUGGGGCAGCACUCCCCCUGCCCCUCUCUCUGGCUCCACCCCCACUGCCCCUGCCAGCAGCUGCAGUGGUACAUGUGUCCUUCCCAGAGGUGACCAGUGCUCUCCUGGAGUCCCUUAAUCAACAACGGUUGCAGGGCCAACUCUGUGAUGUGUCCAUUCGAGUGCAGGGACGGGAGUUUCGGGCUCACCGAGCUGUUCUGGCUGCCUCUUCUCCGUACUUCCACGACCAGGUCCUACUCAAGGGCAUGACCUCCAUCUCACUACCCAGUGUCAUGGAUCCUGGUGCCUUUGAGACCGUCCUAGCCUCUGCCUACACUGGCCGGCUCAGCAUGGCUGCUGCUGACAUUGUCAACUUCCUCACUGUGGGAUCUGUGCUCCAAAUGUGGCACAUUGUGGACAAGUGCACUGAACUCCUCCGAGAAGGCCGAGCUUCAGCCACUACCACCAUCACUACUACUGCAGCCACUUCUGUCACUGUACCUGGUGUUGGUGUCCCAUCAGGGAGUGGGGGCCCUGUCGCCCCUGCCAGCAUGGGCUCUGUGCGCUCCCAUACCUCCAGCCGGGCCAGUGAGAAUCAGUCUCCCAGCAGCAGCAACUACUUCAGCCCUCGGGAGUCUACUGAUUUCUCAUCUUCUUCCCAAGAGGCAUUUGCAGCUUCUGCAGUAGGCAGUGGGGAGCGGCGAGGAGGUGGCCCAGUAUUCCCGGCCCCUGUGGUUGGUAGUGGGGCUGCCACUUCUGGGAAGCUGCUGCUGGAGGCAGAUGAACUGUGUGAUGAUGGCACGGAUGGGAGAGGGGCAGUGGUUCCUGGGGCUGGGCUCCGGAGGCCUGCCUAUACACCUACCAGCAUCGUGCCACAGAAACACUGGGUGUAUGUUAAACGGGGUGGAAAUUGCCCUGCACCAGCACCUUUGGUUCCCCAAGACCCAGAGCUAGAGGAGGAGGAAGAGGAGGAAGACUUGGUGCUGACCUGUGAGGAUGAUGAGGAUGAAGAGUUGGGGGGUGGCUCUAGGGUUCUAUCAGGGGGAGGCCCUGAGGCUACUCUCAGUAUCAGUGAUGUCCGAACCCUGACUGAGCCUGCAGACAAGGGGGAGGAGCAGGUCAACUUCUGUGAAUCCUCCAAUGACUUUGGUCACUAUGAGAGUGGGGGUCCUGGGGCAGGGCUGGAUGACUCAGGGGGGCCCACCCCUUCUUCUUAUGUCCCCACACACCCUCCACGACCCCUCCUCCCUUUGGACAUGCAGGGCAACCAGAUCUUGGUCUUCCCAUCAUCUUCCUCCUCCUCCUCACAGGCUCCAGGCCAGCCGCCAGGGAACCAAGCAGAACAUGGGGCUGUGACGCUUGGGGGCGCAUCAACAGCAGGCCUGGGCAUGCCAGGUGGCAAUGGCGGGGCAGCAGGAGGGACGGCGGGAAGUGGGGAUGGAAAUAAGAUCUUUCUGUGCCACUGCGGGAAGGCCUUCUCCCACAAGAGCAUGCGCGAUCGGCAUGUGAACAUGCAUCUCAACCUGAGGCCCUUUGACUGCCCCGUGUGCAACAAGAAGUUCAAAAUGAAGCACCAUCUGACAGAGCACAUGAAGACACACACAGGUCUCAAGCCCUACGAGUGUGGUGUCUGCGCCAAGAAGUUCAUGUGGCGAGAUAGCUUCAUGCGUCACCGGGGACACUGUGAGCGAAGGCACCGAAUGGGUGGAGCUGGGGCCGUACCUGGCCCUGGGGUGUCCACAGGGCCAACCUUACAACCCAAGAGAGAGUCCUCUGGAGGGGGUGGGGCCAGUGGCGAUGAGGCAAGUGGGGCCACACCCCCACCCAACAGACGUGUCUGGUCCCCACCAAGUGUCCACAAGGUGGAGAUGGGUUUCAAUGGAGGUGGAGGAGCCAACUGACUGAUGAUUGGGGUAACUUCUGGGGAAGAGGGAAUGGGGAGCCCACUCCAGGGGUGCUGUGAUCCCUGAAUGAUCUCCCAGCACACUGUCUUCCUCUAUCGCUAUGGACUUGUACAUAUUCUGGAGAGGAAACCACGUUUCAUUAUCAACAGCUCAUUCCACUCAGCCCCUUUCUCCCAAGGUAUCCCCAUUAUAGCCCAAAGCCCAGCUCUACAGAGAAGGGGAAACAUGGAGAGAGGAGUGGGAGGGGGUGUUUGGAGCAUCCUGGAGUUGCAGGGUCAUGAGUCAGGUUGUAGUAGUCUGUACCUGAAGUCUGUGUUUGUGUUGUGGGAGAAGGCCUUUUUUUUUUUUUUUUUUUUUUGCCAGUCCUGGGGCUUGAACUUUGGGCCUGGGUGCUAUCCCUGAGCUUU